CAUAUGUGGGCAGUCCUAAACCGUCUAAAUUAACUUCAAACGGGAGAAAAGAUAAUUGUGACAAGGAAACAGCUUAAUGUGCAGAGUUAAGAGGAAAAAAAACGGAUUUCAAUUACUCUUUUGUCAAAAGCUUGAUUCACAUUGUGUUGUCCAUAAUGGCUGGAGAAGUGGCCAGUUUAUGUGAAAAUCGAAUUAUAAACCAACCACGCGCAAAUGGAGUGGGAAUGCCGAUGAUCGAUUUGACCUAUGAGCGACAGAAAAGGACUUACGAAAGGGAAAAGCGCUGGCAAGUGGAAAGAGUUAUGAUGCUACAUUCACUCAGUGGCAAUCAUCGUUGCACAUUUGCCAUUGAGAUCAUAGAACAGGUGGGCAACCUGCACGAGCAGUCCAUGGUUUCUGAAUUCGAAAGCCAUGCCUCUCCUCAACCAGACGACCUGUAUCAAUUUCGACUAGAACUUGACACAGAACUCUAUCAUUUAAACACAGUUCGAACAUUAGCAACUAACGUUUUUAAGGAGCGUGUCGCUGCGUCCAUUUCUACAGAAUCAGUUGUUAUCACUGUUGAAGAUUUCCUGGAUAAAAUGGAAGUCAUACGGGACCGGUUAAGUCGGAAAAUGCAAGCGAUGAGUGUUGGGCGAAACUAGUUGAAGCAUACGGCGAUAUACUGGAAUGUGUUGAUGAUGUCUUCAUUGAUGUAAUUAUACAGAGACAUGCCACUGAAGUGCAGCAAAUUUAUACCAAAUGCACAUCUAUCUUUUAAAACAAUACUGUUUUAUUGCUCCCGACCAUGACGAAUUCCUUGUGCUUGUUUUCAUUCUCUGAAUAUGUACAUCUCUGCUCGAUUGACAUGCGUGUUAACUUUUUAAAAUCAUAUUAUGAUUUAUGUUUAUGCUUAAGUAUUUUCUUUCGUUUUGUUACUAUGUAAUAUGUUAUCGAAUUCAUAAUUAUUUGGCAACAUUUUGUUUAAUGGCAAUGGCACGGUAAGAUUUGUAGCAAUUCUGUCAUGGAUUGCUAACAUAAUUAUAUAACGGUGUUACAAUUUCGAUUGUUUGGACAUUAUACAUCUUCACUAUGUUAACGAUUCAUGAAUUGUAUUAAUCACAUAGCUAAAGCAACUAUUAUCAUUUACAAUCUCCGACGAGAUUGUACAAUUUUGUCAGUCCUUUUAGACAUUAUUUUACUUUAUUAUUUUUUGAUGACAUUGUUUCCCUAAUUCAGUUAAACUACCACUUUAUUAACACAUCGUGCCAUUGGUUAGGUGUAAGCGUGUGUUAGGUUACCGUUAUUAAUUGUCUUUUGCUUUGGAUUUACAGAGCGUAAAUCCAAAAUUACAUAACUGUAUUAUUGUACAUAGGAUUUUAUUUGUUUUUCUAAAUAGUUUCGAUAUUAAAUGCCUUUUUUAAUUUUUAUACUUUUUGUAUGUUUUAUACGUCGUGUUUUACCAUUUGAGAUUUUGUUUAUCUCUGUGGCAAUGCAAUGCUUAUUAUAUUGAAUGUAUGGACUUUAGUUGUAAGUUCAUGAUUUCAUUCAUUAAUGACUCUCCUGAUCGGUGUCAACUGGGUUACGCGAGUUGUGUAUCGUGUUAUUUCUUAAAAUUUGACCCAGCAUUUGUAUAAAUAUAACAAGAUAUAUACAUUUCUAGAAAGGAAA